AUGAAUUGUGGAAGAUUUGACAUGACUGUUUUGAUUGUGGAUCAUGAUGCUGUUUCUUUGGCUGCAAUUGCCAAUUUACUCAUGGCAUGGCAAUACAAAGUUCAAACUGCCAAUGAUGCUCAUCAAGCUUUGACAAUUCUCCAAGGAUCAAAAUGCUUAUUUGAUAUCAUAAUUUCAGAGUUCAAUUUAUUAGGAAUGAGUGGCUAUGAUUUUCUAAAGCUAAUUCAAUAUGAAUUUCAUAUACCUGUAAUAAUGAUGUCUGAAGAAAAGGAAGAAAGCUUAAUCUUCAAUAUUUUAAAAAGUGGAGCAGCACAUUUUAUUGCAAAACCUUUUUGUGAUGAAGACUUCAAAAACAUUGAGAAAUAUGUUAUGGAAGCAAAAGAAGAAAAACUAUUCUUUGAAAGCCUAUUUGUAACAAAAGAAGGUGAAGAACAAAAGAGUAAAAAUAAGCAAUCCAAGAGAAAGAUAAAUGAUAAAAAACAAGAAGGAGGUUUUCAUGUUUCUAAGAAAUCAAAGCUUGUUUGGACUCCUGAACUUCAUAAUCUAUUUAUGUUUGCAAUUAAGCAAAUUGGAUUGGAAACUACUAAGGUUGUCCCAAAGAAAAUUCAAAGGAUUAUGAAUGUCCCAUACUUGACCAGGGAAAAUGUAGCUAGCCACUUACAGAAAUAUCGCAAAUUUCUGCGUGAUGUCAAUGAGAAAGGAAUUACUGGAGGAAUGUCACAAAGAGCUUUAAGGUCUACAUUCGCAUUAAGUCUUCCUAUGCCAUUGUUAAGAACUAUGCAAGAAAAAAGUAGAAACAAAUUUCACACCCCAACUUUUGAAUAUUCGCAAACAUUAUCAUAUCCAAUCGAAAAUCAAGACAAUGAUUUUAACCUUUUCAAUAGAUUUCCAUCGCACCAAGUUGAUCAUUUCCCUUAUGUGCAACAAGGGCCAAAUCUUCGAUAUUUGGAUCAAAUUCGUCUUGAAAACUCAAAUUUGGAAAAAAAUAGUGGCUCCAACAAUAGUAUCUAUGAUCAAAAUUUGAUCGGAAUAAAUUCUUUGGAUAAUUCAUUUUAUCCGGAAAAAAAUCUAUUAUAUGAUGGUGGUUUUAGUUCUAGUAGUUUUUCGUCUUAUGGAGGUGGACAAGGAUGGACGACUUCUCCUACAACUUCUUCUUCAAGAAUCUUAACAAGAGACUUGAACUUUAAUGAUAUGAAUCUUACUAAUAAGUCAUUCAAAGGUGGUGAUGAAAUUGAAAUCCCUCCUCAAGCUGAAAUCACAUCAUGUGUGAUGAAUGAGUCACCUAUAAAUUCGAACAAAAGUUCUAAAAAGUUGCAAGGGAAUAAGGGAUUUUCAAAUGAGAGAUCAUGUGAUAGAUUCACAGGGGACAAAGAUUCUAAAGAAGGAGUCACAACUAAUGAUAAGGAAUUUGAUAUGGAUAUUGUUGAAGCCUUGUUUGGUAUUAUAAAAGACUAG